CGCGCGCUGAUCUCACCCUUCUCUUUCUCUGUCGUUCGCGCGCGCUCAUCUCCAUCAUCCUCUCGCUACUGAGAAAAAACCCGCCGGCGCAAAACAGAUGGGAAGGCAUCCGCGGAUUUCGCGACCGUUACUGUGUAGAGAAUAGCCGUCAAAACUGAACGGACACCGAAAAGAAGUUCAUUUUUUCCCCCAGAAGACUUCUGGACUGAGAACUUGAGGACAUUUCACGUCUGUUCACGACUGUAAAAGGCAGGGUAGGCCAUGCCAUUCGGCUGUUUGAAACCUGGCGAGAAGAAGGACUACAACAGUCCAACAGAGAUCACAGACAAAUAUGAUCUGGGCCAGAUUGUUAAAUCGGAGGAGUUCUGUGAGAUCUUCAGGGCAAAGGAUAAGAACACGCUGAAAAUGUACACCUGCAAAAAAUUCCUGAAGAAAGAUGGAAGAAAAGUGCGGAAGGCUGCCAAAAACGAGAUUCUCAUCCUAAAGAUGGUGAAACACCCCAACAUCCUCCAGCUGGUCGAUGUCUAUGAGACCCGGAAAGAGUACUAUCUUUUCCUUGAGCUAGCCACAGGUCGGGAGGUAUUCGACUGGAUUCUGGAUCAAGGCUAUUAUUCUGAGAAGGACACCAGCAAUGUUAUCAGACAGGUGAUGGAGGCAGUUGCUUACCUGCACAGCUUGAAGAUCGUUCACAGGAACCUAAAGCUUGAGAAUCUGGUGUAUUACAACCGACUGAAACAUUCGAAAAUAGUCAUCAGUGAUUUCCAUCUGGCAAAACUGGAGAAUGGACUCAUCAAAGAGCCCUGUGGAACCCCAGAGUAUCUGGCCCCAGAGGUUGUUGGGAGACAGAGAUAUGGCCGACCUGUGGACUGCUGGGCCCUUGGUGUGAUCAUGUACAUAUUGCUCUCUGGAAAUCCUCCAUUCUAUGAUGAAACAGAUGAUGAUGACUAUGAAAACCAUGACAAGAACCUCUUCCGAAAGAUUCUUGCUGGAGACUAUGAGUUUGACUCACCAUAUUGGGAUGAAAUUUCAGACUCCGCUAAAAACUUAGUGUCUCGUCUUAUGGAGGUGGACCAGGAUCAGAGGUUGACUGCACAAGAAGCCAUCAACCAUGAAUGGAUAUCUGGAAAUGCUGCUUCAGACAAGAACAUCAAGGAAAAUGUGUGUGCACAAAUCGAGAAGAACUUUGCUAAAGCUAAGUGGAAGAAAGCCGUACGGGUCACAACCAUGAUGAAGCGUCUCAGGGCACCAGAGCAUCAGACAGCAGCAGCAGCAGCAGCCGUACCAGGUGCACCUAACCCUGCAGCAGGGGCUCAGGAAAACCCUCAAGCUCUAUCUGAGGCCUCCACAGCGCCAUCGAGUACUGCUGAAAGCAACUCGACGAGCACAGAAGCCCCUGCUGUGGAAGCUUCCAAUGCUGAAGCAAUGGCUGCCACCGUCCAGCCGCCAGCUGAGCCUGUUCUCCAUGCCCCAGCUCCCGAACAGCCUGAUCCAACAUCACGAUGCAACGGAGAGGCUUUAGCCCCCCUGCCAUCGGACACAGGGGAGGAACAGAGUGGUUAAUCUCGCUACCUCUCUCCCACUUGCGUUUAGAUCCCACACACUUGUAUAUAAGCAGUAAGCAUGCUAAUACUGAUCCCACAGCUCAUAGCAUUAAUCUCAACAUGCUCUAUCAUGAGCCGACUUCUAAAACAUUUCCCAGCAACCAUCUGUUUUCUAUUGAAUCACAAGCUGUGUGACAUGUAUCGAAGGCUCUGGCUACUUUAACUUUGCAUAAAAGAAGAAAAAAGUUGUUUUCUGCUUACAUUAAGCCGAGAUUGAAAAUUUCAGCACUGAUCUGCAUAAAUGUUUUAGGAUAGAUUAUCAAAGCAGGCCUCAUUUUAUAAAGUUACUUUUUAAUUUUUUUUGCAUUGAGGUUAGUUAACGUCUGUCUUGAGGCAGGUAGUCAGAGGAGCACAGAUACACAGCUUCAUGUGCAAUGUAAAGUUUCUGUAAAUAGCUUCCUAACCUCUGUAGAUUAGACGUAGCCAAGAACAGCAUGCUUUUUCAAAUCUGCUGUUUAUGACACUCAUGUCCAGGCAACUGACACAUUCAGCUUCAGCUUUAUGUGGACAUUUCAUGUCUUGAUCAAACACACACUCAUGAAAUGUUGCCAUCAGUUUAUAUGAAAAAUACUUCAGCAGCAACUAAGGCGGCUAAAUUCAUUUUAUGGCAUUUUAAUGGUUGAGACAUGUGGCCCAAUAAAUGGAGCAGAGUAGGUAAACUUAAGAAAUACUUCAAAUCUGCUUGGUAGCUAGCCACAUGAACAGUGGAAAAACUGAUUUGUUCUUAUAAUGUAUUAUAUACUCAUUUCCAUACAUUGUACAUGUUUUGAGUAAUAUACCUGUCCAUUUUAAAAGUAUUCAGCCAUGCACAGUGAAAUUUGUUUUCAAUAGGAUUUCAUCUGAAGCAUAGAUGUACAUAAGUUACAGUGGUCAUACUUUGAGACUCUUUCGUUGGGUUGAAUAUUUACUCAAUCAUUAUAUUUUUUUUUCAUUGUAUCUCCCUCUAUUAAUAUAUAAUGCAUUUGAAUAUAUUCUGAGAUAUUUAUUAGACUUAAACAUAAAAUUAUAAAAAUAUAAAUUAUAGAUUUUUUUUAAAUUAAUCCAGAUCUUUUUAAAUUGCAAAUAUGUAACAGGUAUCAGAUAUUUACUCAUUCCUGUUAAGACACUUUUAUUUAUAUAACUUAUAGAAAACAGAUUAUUUCAAAUUAUUAUAUUACUUAUCGAUUUGAACCCCUAUAAAAAUGCUCAAAAUUCUCUUUUAAGAAAGGCACAUAAAUUCAGAUUACAAUAACCAAGUUCUCAUUUAGUAACCCAUAAGUACUGCAGGAAAUAAUUCAUAUUUUUGCACUUUCAUCAUUGUAAAGUCAAUGGCUUCUUAAAUGGAUCUUGGAUAAAUGCCUGAAAUAAGAUUUUAAGACAUCAUCAGGCCGAACGGGAAAAUUACUAGUGUGCUUUUACAACCUUGUUGUCUUUAUACUCACAUUCUUGCAAACUAUUCUAACUCAAACUUUUCCAACUCAUAGAUUUUAAAGAUUGAGACUUUUAGAUUGAAAUGUAAAAAAAGAGAGAUAAAGUUAUCAGAAGCGUGAUGGUGACAUUGAAGUUGUGUGACCCUGAUGUAGUUUGUUUAUAGCCUAACUUUAUACUUCAGGUGAUUGUAUUUAGGUUUCAAAAUUAAUAAAACAUUUGUUUGUUUGUGAUUAUCUUGAUUAAAAUGUGUAAGAAUCAUAAAUUCAUUAGUCACAGAGCUUAUUUUUUGCAAUAACCAAAAUUCUAUAGGCUGUUUGUCAAGGGAACCAGGGUGAUGAUAACUUGGGCUACAAAAAUACUUUAUCCCUGCAGCACUCUAUAUUAGGUAGAUUCUGACUAAAGCAAACAAUCUUAUAAACUAAUGAUCCUAAUUGAGUCUAGCACUAUUAACCAAACCCUAGCUCUAAUGAUUUAACAUUUUAACAGAUAGCUUUUUUGCCUUUGACUUUUUUUUAUAGAAAUGUCUUCUGUAAGCAACAUACACCCCAUCUUUAACAGUUUCAUACAGAUCUUUCUCAUUAAACAUUCACAGUUCACUAGUGAUUACUGUGUUUACUGUCUGUCACUCAUGAUGGCCGUACAUUAAUUUCUUAGUUGAUGCGUUCUACAGUAAAUGUAAAAUCAUUUUGUGCCGUCAUGAUUUUAACAUGAACAGGUUGAUGUAUACAGUAUAAAAACAUAUUUCUAUUUUAGCACAGACAAAUGGCAGGUGAUGUAGGAUUAAAAGAGCUUGACGAAAGCAAAAAGAAACGGUCGACCUCUUAAUAUGAGCAAUAGUCUACAACUGCGAUACUGUGAUGCUACUCUCAAUGUCAGUGUCUGUGUGAACACUCAAUUUCUGAUUGGCGUGUCCUCCGUUGAAGUUGACAAUAGUAAUGUCAUACAAGAAGGGUGAGAAGCUUCGGACUUAAACAGGUCAGGUGAAGCCAGUGCACCUAUUGUACCAUUAUUUCCAGCCUAUCAUACAGGUGAACAAAAACAGUGAUGAAAGUUUCCCCUCCAGUGGCCAAUGAUUUGUAAUUGUGCAGUGGCGACAUGGUGUAAUUUUCUAAACAUCACAGGAGUCAGUGGAGGAUUGACUGACGAAGGCCUUGAUAUGCAAUUAUGCUGUCAGUGGUCUAUUGAUUUGAAGAUGAUGCACAGCAUGGGUUGUGUGUGUGCUGUCACAGGUUUCUACUGAAGUGAGCUAUGAUAUACUUUAGAUCUUACAUGUAUCAUUGUCAUUUUGUAUCUUUCACUUCUCUUUGCUUUUACAAAAUAUUUCCUUUCUAAAAUCUAUCCCAUACCUUUAUUUACUCUGAGACUUUAAGAUGUUUUUUAUUUAUUUAUUGUCUUUGAUUUCGUAUCAAAAUUCUUAAAGCUCAUACUGGUAGAACCUAAAAUAAAGAGGGAUAAGUUUCAUGUAGGUCUGAAAAAAACAACUUUUAUAGCAUUCAUGUAUACUGAAACCGCAACUAGAUACUGUGUAAUACAAAUUAAAAGCAAUUUUUGAAAUAGUGCUUCACUAUUGCCUUUGGUGUUCGAUGUCUGUUGAUUUCCUCAUUCUCUCUGUUUUUCUCAGUGUGUUUGACUGUCAACCUGUGAAUACACUGAGGACUGGCCUCUCUCCACUUUAACCUCUGUAUUCUUCAACUGACUUUAAAGCUUUCAAAAUAAACAUCCUGAAUGAUCA